CCACGCCAUGCUGAGAAGGUUAGACAAGAGGAUCCUCGUUAGUCUUCCCUCCCUGCCAGCUCGCCAAGCGAUGAUCUCUCAUUGGCUGCCUCCGCUCAGCUCCACAGGACGGGUGGAGCUACGAACUGAGCUGGACUAUGAAACUCUGGCCAAGGAGACGGAGGGUUACUCUGGCUCUGACGUAAGACUGGUGUGUAAGGAAGCUGCCAUGAGACCAGUCCGCAAGAUCUUUGACGCUCUGGAGACACAUCAGGACGGCGACACUGACAUGCCUGCCAUCCACCUGGACACUGUGACAACAGCCGACUUCCUGGAAGUCAUCACGCACACCAAACCCUCCGCCCGAAACCUGAUGGACAGAUACACCGCCUGGGAGAGAGAGUACGAGUCAGUCUGACACACAGGCAUGUUUUAACACGACAAAAUAAACUUUUAUACAAACACUAACAAUACUACAUGGCUGCAGUAGCAGAAGCUGCACUUUCAGAACCGCCGCUUCGGGAGUGUUUGGCCACAGCGCCACCCGCUGACUUGAAUGACUGCAAAAGUGCAAACAGGACAGUAUUGAAUCCAAAUACUUUCAUUAUAGUUUUGAAAGUUUAUUCCACCCAAAUAAUACUUUAUGACUCAUUAUGUAUAAUGUUAAAGACUGAUU